GAUUUUUGGGGGGUAAAUUAAAGCAUUAGAAGAGGAUGGAUUUGGAUUGGGACUAGGAUUAGGAUACGGAUCACCUCCACCUUUGUUCUUGGAAUGGAUCAGUGAGUUUGAAGCCUGCAGGUGCCUUCGGUUUAUUUUAGCAGGGCCUAUCCAAUACCAACAAUGACUGAUGGAAGGAUCUACGUGGGAAAUCUUCCAAUGGAUGUCCAGGAGAGGGACAUAGAGGAUCUCUUCUUCAAAUAUGGAAAAAUUCGGGAUGUCGAACUAAAGAAUAACAGGGGAACCAUCCCUUUUGCUUUUGUUCGCUUCGAAGAUCCACGGUGAGUUCCUGGGAUGAGUGUACACGUCCAAUCACAAUACCUGGCUGUUUGGCUAGCUGUUCUCCUCUGAUUUAGUAACAUCGCCUGGGACUGACCUCAGUGAACGGAUGGAGAAGGCGUUGCCAAGUGUAUAUCCCUUAGGCAAGUAAGUAAGGAGUUCUGUGCUCUCUUCUCUUAGGGAUGCAGAAGAUGCUGUCUAUGGAAGGAAUGGAUAUGGAUUCGGAGACUCCAAGCUGCGUGUAGAAUACCCUCGCUCCUCUGGCGCCAAAUUUAGUGGCCCUAUGGGAGGCGGAGAAAGAGGAGGAGAAGGAGGGGGUCCUAGGGGGAGGUUUGGGCCCCCAACUCGGCGAUCUGAGUUCCGGGUGAUAGUGACUGGUAGGUGGACGUUCUGAGUCGUAGGCAGUGUUGUUUUUGUUUCUCUCUCUCUCUCUUGGCGGACUGGAGGUCAACGGGACUAAGUGGAGGUCAAGUCAGCUGCCCAAAUCAAACAGGAACAAAACAGUAAAAACUCUAACUGAUCAUGUUGACUGCAUAUACCCAAACACCGGCCAUAGUGACUGGUAGGUGUAUGUUUUAUCAUUCAUUUUUGUUUUACCCAUUGUUUGGGGGUAUUUCUCUAUUGUAUCUGUGUUGUAUGUCCUCUAAUAUAGCUAGACGUUCCUAUUUCUUAGCUUUCAAUCUGGCAGUCAGAUCAUGCGUCACUUUUCUUUCAAAUCAAAGGAAAAUAUUAGUCGAGACUGACAGUAUUUACAUACUUAUAGUAUCCCUCAGCUUUGCAUGAAAUUUAGACACGUGAAUUGGGGAUAUGCCACUUGAAACAGGUCUAUUGUAAACUGUAGAUGAAAAGGCAUAGUUGAUGGUAUGAAAAGAAUCACUCUUCCACUCCAAUAAGCAUUAUGCAGAGUUGGCAGCUUCUGGUAAAAUGACAAUGUGCUGUCUCCUCUCCCAGGCUUGCCCCCAACAGGGAGCUGGCAGGAUCUGAAAGACCACAUGCGUGAGGCAGGGGAUGUGUGUUUCGCUGACGUGCAGCGGGAUGGUGAAGGGGUGGUGGAGUUUGUCCGUCGGGAGGACAUGGAAUAUGCCCUGCGCAGACUGGACAGGACUGAGUUCCGUUCCCAUCAGGUGAGUACACCUCUCCACAGCAAAACAUGUCAAAUAUGAGUGCAUUUGCGAGUUACAAGCUUAUUCAAGCUCAUGACGGAAGAUGGUCUCCUCAGACAUUUGCUCUGUAUUUGCUCUGUAUGUCCCUCAGGGAGAGAUGGCGAAUAUUCGUGUCCACGGAGAACGGGGUGCCAGUUAUGGUCGCUCGCGGUCCCGCUCCAGAUCCCCCCGGGGGCGUGGCUACUCACCACCUCCUUACAAAAGCAGAGGGUCCCCUCCACAGCGCUACCAGUCACCUCCACGGCGCCCUGUGUCCCGCCAUAGCCCCCCAGCGAGGCGACAUCCAGUAACGAACCACAGCCCGCCCCCACGGCACUAUCGGUAGACCAGCCAGCCAUUCACAAGAGGGCACUGAUGAUUAGGGGCAGUUUAAUUAUGUUUUGUUUAUCACAGAUAUCCUCCCUGAUACACACAAAUAAUUGUCCCCCUUUUGCUUGCUAUGUGCAUUCCAUGGUCAGUCACCCCUGCCUUCUUGUUGGCCUUAAUAUGGUUGAUUUAUUUUCCUGUUGAUUUGAUGUAAGCAUCAGUUCCCUGUGUCAGCUCACUGUAGUCCGCUCAGUUCUGAUGUCUGGUGAGACCAUUUGUUAACUUGUCAAUUUACUAGGUCAUGUAUGAACAUGAUCCAUUUGUGAUGAACAUUGCCCUGAGAAUAGUGUGACACUCAACAAAAACUAAAUGUGAACAUCUGCCUGCAUUGUCUAUUUUUAAAUGAAUUGUAAGUGUGAACCUCCUAAGUGUCUGAAUACAUUUGGAAAUUGUUUGAUUGUAAUCUGCUGGUAAACCUGAAAUCCUUAAAUUUGUUUUAUUUUAAAUAAAUGUUGAACUUUUUAAUCAGUUCAUUCCUUUACUUCCCCUCACAAUGUUUUGGUAACCUGUGGUGGCUGUAUGCAAGAUCACUUAGUUUUUCAAUUAAAGCACUGAAACAAACCAAACA